AAUUUUAACCGUUAGGUCUCCGAGACAACAGCCGGGUCAGGUCACCACCGUAAACAGCGGACAUUUUUAAAUACCUUUGACCACAUUUUUACCCUAAAUCUGCCCAAAAACGUGUCUUGUGGACGUUGAUCUUGCGAAGAGACAACACCAGGAUGCCAAGGGUACGGAACACGCAGUCAGGAAGCCCGGCAAGGGCAGCUGGACCGGCCGGUACGCCGGGCAGAGGACGGGGCGCCCCCGCAGCGGGACCGUCCCGAGCCGGGCAGGCGAGGACUCCGAAGAAGAGAAGAUUUCGCCCAGGCACAAGAGCACUGAUGGAGAUCAGGAAAUAUCAGAAAUCUACAAAACUGCUCCUGAGGAAGCUGCCUUUUUCAAGAGUGGUGCGAGAAAUCUGUCAGGAAGUUGGAGGAACUGACCUCAGGUGGCAGGCCUAUGCCAUCAUGGCUCUACAGGAGGCAGCAGAAGCAUUCCUGGUCGGUCUGUUGGAGGAUGCUAACCUCUGUGCUCUCCAUGCCAAGAGAGUCACCCUCAUGCCCAGGGACAUCCAGCUGGCCAGGAGGAUUCGGGGACCGGAAAAGGGUUUUGCAGCCACUUAGAAUAAAAUUAGAUUAAGGUGUAUGUAUGUUGGGGGUUUAUAUACAUAGGGCACAUGGGUAGCCUGGGCUCAGUGUAGCUUACAUGCUAAGAUAUAUCUGUGUUAUGCUACUAACCUAGAAGAUAAAACGGGUGUUUACUAAGUUCUCAGAUUCAUGCAUGUACGUAUAUCACUGCCUCUAAGGUAUGUGUAUGUGUUGACAACACACUGAGUGGGAAGGAAAUGGGACCAGUUAAUUAACACUGUGUGGUCCUAAUUUCACAGCCUACAUGAAAUAGUGAAUGUGUUUAUCCUAGAGACUAACUAUAAUACAUGUAUAUACAUUAGACCCUACUAGUUAGUAGUAGUUUUAUUGUGCUACUGUCUGUGUACUGGUAGUUGUACUGGCAGUUGGUUCAUGUUGUUCUGCACUUAUAAACCAGCAUAAGUUUUCUCUAACCUGGUCACCUUAGUGGCCUAAUUUGUAAAUUGUGAUUUGACAAAAACGUUGCUUGUUUUAAAAGAAUCAGUGCUUUUGUGAUGUUUGAAAAAAUGCUGUUUUGAUAAAGACCAUCAUAUUUCAAACAAAAUUUGUCUAUUUUUUAAUCAUGACUAAAUUGUUCUGUGAAAUGUGUCUGUUUUAGAAACAUUACAUUUGGGAAAAAUUAUAAUGAUACCAAAAAUGGUAAGAACUAUUUUCUGCUAGACAACUGUUACAUAA